GUCAGGUUUUGAUAUCAACACAGUUCACACUUCUUUGCUGAUAUUUCGCGAUGCCUAACAUUAGGAAAUUAUCUGAAUCACUGCAACAGCUAGCAUACGAUGAAUUAAAUGAGAAACCAGAAAGAAUUCAAGCAGACAUUGAUGCAUUAAGAAGUUGGUUAAGUCAAACAACUUAUUUAAAGUCUCGUGACGAUGAUCAAUUCCUAGUGACGUUUUUACGCGGAUGUAAAUACAGUUUGGAGAAGGCUAAGAAGAAAAUUGAAAUGUUUUAUGUUGCAAGAACCAGCACACCUGAAUUCUUCACAAAUCGUGAUCCCACCGAUAAAUAUCUUCAAGAGAUUAUCAAUCUUGGACUGAUAAUGCCAUUGCCUGUUGAUGAGUCCAAGACUGACGCUAGAAUUAUUCUGACACGAUUAGGAGGAUAUGACUACAACAAAUAUAAUUUUCUAUCUGUUAUGAAAGUGACAUACUUGAUGGCCGACUGGUGUUUAAUAAAUUCUGACGUGACAAUCAUUUCUGGACACAUAAAUGUAGUUGAUUUAAAAGGCUGUGGCAUUGGAAUAAUGUCGCAGAUUACACCGACACUUAUUAAAAAGUUGUCAUCACUGCUCGAACCUUUUCCAGUUCGUGUCAAAGCGAUUCAUCUUGUGCAUCCACCGAAAGGCAUUGAAACAGCAUUUAAAAUUCUCAUGAGCGUGUGUCAUGAGAAACUUCGCAGUCGAAUUUUCAUGCACGAGAAUUUCGAUGAAUUACACAAAGUUGUUGACAAGAAAUAUCUUCCAAAAGAGUAUGGUGGAUCUAAUAGUAGCUUACCGGAAAUUAUUGUCGAUUGGAGACAGAAGAUACUUGAAAGUCGGCAAUGGUACCUUGAAGAUCCAAAUUAUCGAAUUGAAAGUCUGAAUGGCACAGGUGCAACUGAUUACGGUACAAUGUUCGGUGCUGAAGGUUCUUUCAGAUCGCUCAAUAUAGAUUGAUUUUCUUCCUACUUAACUGGUUAUGACUUGUCGUUUGAUAUCAAUAAAAAAAUAUUUAACUAAUGAAUCAAGAG